UUCCUGCAUUCCACACUCCCCAAUCCAACAGAGCCAUGGAAGCCACCCUCAGCUCCAGCCAGGAUUACCUUCUCCUGCUCCUCCCAGCGUCUACCACCUUCCUCUCCCCUAUCCUCGCCGUCCUCCUCAUCGCCGCCUCGCUGCUCUGGCUCUGCCCCGGCGGCCCAGCCUGGGCGCUCUCCCGCUGCCGCGGCCCCUCCCCACCCGGAGCUCCCGGCGCGGUCACCGCGCUCGCAGGGCACGCUGCGCACCGAGCCAUCGCCGCCCUCUCCCGCUCCGUGCCAGGCGGCACGGCGCUGGUCUCCUUCUCCGUCGGCCUCACCCGCUUCGUCGUGGCCAGCAGGCCGGACACCGCGCGGGAGCUCCUCGCCAGCGCCGCCUUCGCCGACCGCCCCAUCAAGGACGCGGCCCGCGGCCUCCUGUUCCACCGGGCGAUGGGCUUCGCGCCCUCUGGCGACUACUGGCGCGCGCUCCGCCGCAUCAGCGCCACCUACCUCUUCAGCGCCCGCCGCGUCGCCGCCUCCUCCCCGUGCCGCCUCGCCAUUGGCGACCGCAUGGUCGGACAGCUCGCCACCGGCUGCGGGGACGCUGUCUCGAUGAGGCGCGUGCUCCACGCGGCCUCCCUGGAGCACAUCAUGGCCACCGUCUUCGGCACAAGCUACGACGCUGCCAGCCAGGAGGGCGUUGAGCUCGAGGCGAUGGUGAAGGAAGGGUACGAGUUGCUCGGGAUGUUCAACUGGGGCGACCAUCUCCCGCUGCUCAAGUGGCUCGACCUUCAAGGCGUCAGGAAGAGGUGCAGCAGCCUGGUGCGUAGAGUGGACGUCUACGUCAGGAGCAUCAUAGAAGAGCACAAACAGAAGAAGCUGGGCCGCGGCAAUGGCGGUGGACGCGAGGAGCUCGCUGCCGGAGACUUCGUCGACGUCCUGCUUGGACUGGAAGGCGAAGACAAGCUCGCAGAAUCUGACAUGGUUGCUCUUCUCUGGGAGAUGAUCUUUCGCGGGACUGACACGGUCGCGAUCCUGCUGGAGUGGAUCAUGGCGAGGAUGGUGCUGCACCCGGACAUCCAGGCGAAGGUGCAGGCCGAGAUCGACGCGGUGGUCGGAAGCGGCCGCGCCGUGUCUGACGCCGACGUCGGCAGCCUGCCCUACCUCCAGUGCGUUGUCAAGGAGACGCUCCGCAUGCACCCUCCCGGCCCUCUGCUCUCGUGGGCGCGCCUCGCCGUGCACGACGCGAGCGUCGGCGGCCACCUCGUGCCGGCGGGCACCACGGCCAUGGUCAACAUGUGGGCGAUCGCUCACGACCCGGAGGUCUGGCCGGAGCCGGAGGCGUUCCGGCCGGAGCGUUUCGCGGAGGAGGACGUGAGCGUGCUCGGGAGCGACCUCCGCCUCGCGCCAUUCGGGGCGGGACGCCGCAUCUGCCCAGGGAGGGCGCUUGCCCUCGCCACCGUCCACCUCUGGCUCGCGCAGCUGUUGCACCGCUUCGAGUGGGCGCCCGCCGAUGGCUGUGGCGUCGACCUGUCGGAGCGCCUCAACAUGUCCCUGGAGAUGGAGAAGCCACUGGUUUGCAAGGCCAAGGCUAGGCUGUGAAGGUGAUGGAAGCACGAGCCACAAGACAGAUCGAUGGUCCGUUGAUUAAGUAUUAUGCUACCAUGGUCGAAAACUCGAGAUGCAUGGUUGUGGUUAACUGGUUUCUGGUAGUGAACUGCAUCUUUACCUAUUCUUAUUAUUAGUUUGCGUUUGUAGAUCGGUCGAGAGAUCGAUACAUUGUGUUUGAACGUACAAUCUUAUGUACGGCUCUAUAUUAUCAUUAUGCUGAGAAUAAUAUAAUAUUAAGUGAGGACGCGAGGUAUUAAAUCA